GUUCUCUAAACACGUUGUGAAUUCGACUUUCCCAUGGCUCAGCUCUUGCGAUUGGUCGCUGUGGCGACGAUCGCCAGCGCCGCGGCUCUGUCGCGGCAUAUGAACACUGAUUGUUCGGGCGAUGACUUGUCGUCAGGGAACUUGCCCCGAUUCCUGCCUGACGGUUCAGGGAGCACUGAGGUCCCAUGGGCCAAUUUCGAUCCUGCAGGAGAGCCUCCCGAUACUGGAGUUACGCGACACUACGAGUUCACCGUCUCGCGCGACUUCGCAUCCCCCGACGGAUUCAACAAGAGCGUCAUCCUGAUCAAUGGCCAGUUCCCAGGGCCGAUGAUCGAAGCCAAUUGGGGUGAUAUGAUCGAGGUGAAGGUGACGAAUGACAUCGACAGUCCGGACGAGGGCAUCACGCUGCACUGGCACGGUCUCACGCAGAAGAAGACUCCCUGGUACGACGGUGUCCCGGGGGUCUCACAGUGCCCGAUUGCGCCUCGCGGAGGAAAGCUCACGUACAGGUUCCAGGCGGAUCGGUAUGGCUCUGGCUGGUACCACUCGCAUUAUAGCGCGCAGUACGAUGACGGACUGUUUGGCCCGGUGAUCAUCCACGGUCCGGUGCAGCCGGAAGCCGAAUAUGACUUCGAUCUGGGCCCGGUGAUGAUCUCCGACUACUACCACGUCGGGUACUACGAGAUCAUGGAGCGGAGCCUGGCGAAGCCGCCUGGGAUCAUCCCGCUAGACAACAACCUGAUCAACGGGAAAGGCUCGUAUAACUGCAACCGCACCAGCUCAGCCAGCAAAUGCCUUCUCGGAGCUGGAUAUGAAAAGUUCCGAUUCCACUCCGGCAAACGUCACCGUCUGCGCCUGAUCAACAGCGGGGCUCUGGCCAACGAGAAGUUCAGCAUCGACAACCACGAGAUGACGGUCAUCGCCAACGACUUCGUCCCCGUCAAGCCCCACAAGACCAAGGUGGUGACAUUGAGCCCCGGCCAGCGAACAGACGUCAUCGUCCAUGCCACCAGCGCCCCGAACGACAUUGUCUGGAUGCGCGCCGACAUGGACAUGGUCUGUCUGCAGAACACUGCGACCUUCCAGACCGCGCGCGCCGCCAUCUACUACGAGUCCGCGGACACCAAGAAGCUCCCUCACACCAAGGGCACAACCUGGGAAAGCAACGACUGCCGCAACGAUCCUCUUGAGCUCACCGUGCCCUACUAUCCGCUCACCCCGCCGGCGCCCACCACCACGCAGACCGUCACCGUCACCGCCGGGCUCAACGGCACCGGCUUCAUGGUCAUGUUCAUGGACAACUCGUCGUUCCGGGCGAACUACAACCAGGCGGCGCUGCUGGAGGUCAACCAAGGGCGGGCGGAGUUCCCGGCAGACCGCAACGUGUACGAUUUCGGGUCGAACUCCAGCGUGCGGCUGGUGAUCGAGAACGCGUUCGAGACGCUGCACCCGAUGCAUCUGCACGGACACGACUUCUGGGUCCUCUCCGAAGGUCCUGGUCCGUGGGACGGCACCGUCGUUAACCCCGAGAACCCGCUGCGUCGAGACACGCACCUCAUGCAGCCCGGGACGCCCGAGAACCCCUCGCAUCUCGUCCUGCAGUGGAACCAGGAUAAUCCCGGGGUGUGGCCGCUGCAUUGUCAUAUCUCGAUUCAUUCUAGCGCGGGCAUGGUCAUUCUAGUAAUGGAACGACCGGAUGAUAUCGUGAACGAGAUGGCUAUCCCGCCGGCCAUGGACCAGACGUGUGAGAUUUGGGAUAAUAUUGACAAGUCCGACUAUGCGGAGCAAAUCGACUCGGGGGUUUGAGGCGGGGGAUUGGUGGCUUGGGUUGUGUUAGAUGUAUAAG